AUGGCAAAGGGAAGAAGGUCAGGAAGGAAGGAGCUUUGCAGGCUAUACACCAGGGCCAUCUUCAUGGGAUACAAGAGGUCAAAGGUGAACCAAGACCAAAAGUCGAGCCUACUUAAACUUGAAGGGGUCAACACCCGUGAGGAAACUGCGUUCUACCUUGGAAAAAAGGUCGCGUACGUAUACAAGAGCAAAAACAUUAAAAAUGGAACUAGAUACAGGGCCAUUUGGGGGAAAAUCAGACGACCACAUGGAAACGGAGGCACUGUAAGAGCCUCCUUCAGGAAGAACUUGCCACCGUCAGCUAUGGGUAGCAAGGUACGCGUUUUCCUCUACCCAUCUAACAUCUAA